AUUAUUAUUAAGUGGGUUCUCAGCAGGUUUGGAGUCCAGAUCUCUCUCGUCCAUCGUCUCUUUUGCAUCUGAAAUUGAGCUGUAAUAACUGCCGAUUACGCAGAUUCAUCCCUAAUUCUGUGAUUUAUGGACUCACUCAUUGCUCUACGUUAGUAGGAUUUGCAGAAUCGACAUUUUUCCAAGGAACAAUUAAGAGGAUUGAUUGUUUCUUGCCUGAAGAUCUGUCCUGGAGUUUUCGCUAUGGCGGUGGUGGUCCGGGGCGCUCGUGUCGGAUCUAGUGGCGGAUCCCUGCUUCGUAGCUUCUUCAGCUACCGGAUCUUUGUUUCCGCCAUGUUCACGCUCCUCUUCCUCGCCACUGUCUCUGUCCUCCUCUCCUCUGAUCCGUCUCGCAACGAUUCCGUUUUGGAAACGAUGGGAAACGUCCAUGUUCGUCGAACAUUUCUAGCGUGGCAAUCAGAUCCAUUAAAGACUAGGUUGAAUCUGAUACAUAAUCAGGCAAAUAAUCACAUUGCUUUAGUUAAUGCCUACGCUACUUACGCAAGAAAGCUGAAGCUCGAAACAUCGAAGCUGCUCAAGACUUAUGAUGAUUUGGCUAAGAAUUUCUCAGAUCUUCAACUGAAGCCUACUUAUCGAACUGCAUUGUUCGAAUCCGAAGGACCAAUAGAUGAGGAAGUGUUGAGACAAUUCGAGAAAGAGGUUAAGGAUAAAGUCAAGAUCGCAAGAUUAAUGAUUUCGGAGUCGAAGGAGUCCUACGACAAUCAGUUAAAGAUUCAGAAGCUAAAAGAUACGAUUUUCGCUGUCCACGAAUCCCAUUUGAAGGCAAAGAAGAACGGAGCCUUUACAAGCUUAAUUGCUGCAAAAUCGACUCCAAAAAGUCUGCAUUGUCUAGCAAUGCGUCUGAUGGAGGAGAGAAUCGCGCAUCCGGAAAAGUACAAGGAUGAUGAGCCCGAGGCUGAGUUCGAGGACCCGAAUUUAUACCAUUACGCCCUGUUUUCUGACAAUGUGAUUGCGAUCUCGGUUGUGGUGAACUCGGUCGUUAGAAAUGCAGAGGAGCCAUGGAAACACGUCUUCCACGUCGUCACCGACAGGAUGAAUUAUGCGGCUACUAAGGUUUGGUUUAAGAUGAGGCCAAUACAAGGAGGAGCUCACAUCGAGAUCAAACCCGUGGACAGCUUCAAGUUCUUGAAUCCGUCGUAUGCGCCGGUGCUUAGGCAGCUCGAAUCGAUCAAUGUGAGGAAAUUCUACUUCGAAACCAGACCGGAGAACGCCACCAAAGAUGUUAACAACAUGAAGUUUCGAAACCCCAAGUUCCUCUCGGUGCUCAACCAUCUCCGGUUCUACUUACCCGAAAUGUACCCCAAGUUACAGAAGAUUCUCUUCCUAGACGACGACGUUGUAGUUCAAAAGGACCUGACAGCCAUGUGGAAAAUCGACAUGGACGGCAAAGUGAACGCCGCAGUCCAUACCUGCUUCGGUCUGUUCCACCGCUACUCAGAAUACUUGAACUUCUCCCAGCCUCUCAUCAAGGAGAAGUUCAACCCCCAAGCCUGCGCCUGGGCGUACGGGAUGAACAUGUUCGAUCUUGACGCUUGGCGACGCGAGAAGUGCACGGAUCAAUACCAUUAUUGGCAAAACCUGAAUGAGGAUCGGUCGUUGUGGAAGCUGGGGACACUUCCGGCGGGGCUUGUUACGUUCCACGGGACCACGAAGGCUCUGGACAAGUCGUGGCACGUAUUGGGGCUGGGGAUCAAUCCGAGCAUCAGCAUGGAGGAAAUUGACAAGGCUGCGGUGAUCCAUUUCAGCGGGGACAUGAAGCCGUGGCUGGAUAUCGCCAUGAACAGAUACAAACCUCUCUGGACAAAGUAUGUCGACAAUGAAAUGGAGUUCGUGCAGAUGUGCAAUUUUGGAAUGUGACAAAGGUAACAUCACCCUCUUGUUAUUAUUCUUAUUAGUAUUAAAUUAUUAUUAUUUUUAUUAUUAUGUGUAUGUUGUAGCUCCUUGCAGAACGAAGGUUCUUCUAAAAUGGCUACUUCUUUAAGUCAUCACACAAAAAAAAGUUUUGGGUUUUUUUUUUUGGGGGGGGGGGGG